AUGACACAAAGAAAGUUUUGGGCCGCUUUAUACAUAUUGGAUGAAAGAGUCAUUGAUGGUAGUUCUUAUUACUUAAUUCAAUGGGAAGGAAGUGAUAAGGGCGGAAAUCCUUGGAUUCCAACUUGGGAACCCGGAGAAAAUUGCACACAAACUUUAAUCAACGACUGGAACAAGAGAAGACUUGAAACCAAAAAAGAAGAUAGAUAUCAUCGUGAAAAUUCUUCUGUAUCAGAUUCAACUGUAACUAAUGGAUCAGAACUGCGUUGUUCUGAUGCUUUGGCUUUAGGAGAUGAACUACCAUUUAAAUGCAGUAAUAGUUCUAAUGAAUCUUUAAUCAUGAAUCAAGAUGUAUUCGUUAACCCUAAUGGCGUGAGCCAUGAUCCACAGCAGCUACUAAAAAGGACUCAGACAGAAUUGCAAUCUCAAAAUCUUGUUGGUGAGAAGGGGAUAAUUUAUCAUGCCAGUAAGAAAAAUCGAACACAAGAAUCACUUAUUGGUGAAGAAAGUCGCAUCUCAUCUGAUGAAAAUAAUAAUUUUUCAUGUCAAAGAUCUUUUGCUCAACCAGUUGACACUUUUAAAAUACAACCAUGCUCUUCACAGACGCUGAUAAGUUCACAAGAUAUAUCAACACAAACUGUGUCAUUAAUGUAUCAAAAUAACACCGAUUUCAGUGAUAAAAAAAUGCACCCAAAUCUGUCUUCUCAACAUCAAACGCCAGUAUCUCUUGAAGAAUCUUUGCAAAAUGGUUCGCCUCUGGCAAACAAUGGUACUAAAUGUGCCUCUCCAACAUCUCCUGGUUUGAAUUCAAAUCUAUCAAAUAAAGAUCCCUUACCUUUGGUGAAAGAGCUUCAAAACAAAGCUGAUACUAUCGCAAUUUUGUGUGAAGAACGUGAUCACUUCCAAAAAACAUUGGCUCAAAUCAAAAGGAACUGGCAAAUACAACAAGAAAAGGCUAUUAAUCUAUCUAAAGAGAACGAGAAAAUCAAACAACAACUUCAACAGCAAACUAGAGAAUAUGAAAAGAUACGUUUCCAAAGUUUGUGUUAUCAACAAAGUAUUCAACAAUUACAAGAACUUUGUCAAUGUAAUAGCGAAAAAGAUGUUCAACAUAGAUUAGAGUUGGAAGAAUCAAGGCGAAAAUAUGAAAUUAUUC